AGACCUGGUGCCAACACCCCUAAGGAACUAGUGUGCACCAUAAGGACCUGGCAUGAUAUUUUUGCCGUUUCAUCGUUUCAGCGGAAUGACAUGUUCGAGUUCCACAUGUCGCUUUUUUUCCAGUCAUCAUCUUGAAAAAAUGUUUUGUUGUUUCUUUUUUUUGCCCCGCCCCGAUGUAAUUUGGUGUAAAUAAACCACAAAAUCAAAGAAAUAAAGGUUUCUUCAACAACAGAAUGUGCUCUCUCUUGACUGAGAUCAUUCCUGUUUGUACUUAUCAAUACUGGAGUGCACAGUUAUUUGGCAAACCAUGGGACAACACGUCCCUCACUGAUUUGCCAGCUCAACAAUGCUUCCGCGGAUUCUAA